GUAAUACCAACUAAAUUUUGUUCUCUAUAAAUAAAUAAUCCAAAAAAAUAAAAAGUCAAAUAGUAAAAAUUCGCUGUAUAAAUAUUAAACUCGUUGAAUAAUUAAUGAUAACUUGUCUGUGUUCAAGAUGCCUAGCCACGCCUUCUUCUAACCUGUCAACAAUGACCAUCAACCAAUGCGUGUUGAAGUUGAAGGCGGCGCAAAGAUGUCUUCUACCACAAAACACCAACAACUACUCCAGGAUUAACAACACACCGCGAGUAAUCAAUUUAAAUUCACCACCACAACAACAACGUCAAUUCGCCUUCUGGAGCAAAACAUCCUCCUGCGAUAAACAGGAAGUAAUCCUUAAGGAAUGCCCGACACGCGCUUGCAACGCACCGAAAAAAGGAUGGUUCAGCUGGUUAUUCUCCAGUAACAAAAAGGACACGCCCACUAAAGAAAUACCAGACGUACGAUGCUGUCGGAAAAAAUAUUGUAGACAAAUGCAAAAUGAUCCACAACCGGAUUUAUCUGAAUAUGGUGGACAAGCCUAUCGAACUUGUGGUAUCGCCUACGUGAUCCAACGUGACCGCCUCCAACCGAAACGCCCUUGUGAAUCCAAAGAAGACCGAAUUCUACGCGAAAUCGAAACACCGCCGGAUUUAAAAUCGCGUAUGAUACAUGACGACCCAAUCAAAGACAGCGAUAACCUAUUCUCACGCCUCGUGGAAAUGUCCGAUCUGGGUCUACAUCCGCUGUAUAAAAAAAUCGCCGCCACGCCUCUCAAAGAAGGCCCCAACACAUGCAAACACAUCCGGCCUUAUCGAGCGCUAACCGGCCCGAUAGACCACUCACACCUCCCAGCACAGAUCAAAAUCAACCGUAGCCAACUCGAAAGGAAAAACUUAUACUGGGUGCAUAAGAAUAUCGCACCACCCGGGGAUUUAAAAGGACGCAUUAUGGAAACCAAAGCGUUACCGAAACAUUCCACCAUCGGUUGGUACAGAUGUAAAGAUACAAAAAAGAGUGAUGUGUUUGAUGUGGAUAGGUGUGCAAAUGCGAAUGUUAAACGUGAUGUUGUCUUUGAUAGUUUAAAACAAAAAGAGAUGGAUUUCACAGGGAAAUGUAAGAAUGUCGAUCAAUAUGAUAGAAAUGAGAUGGUGUACAAUCCUAAUCCAGUAACAGGCGUGAGUUGUUGAAAAAAAAAGAAAUCAAGUUAUGCUACGAUAAAAACGAAAAGAAAAAAUAAUAAUAAAUGUUUGGUAUUAGUCAUAA